AACGACAAAGAAGAAAAAUACCAUUGGUGCCGACGUGACAAAACAAUAGCCGUUGGAUCAUAAACGAUCAACGAUAAGAGAUUAAUGUUCUAGCGGGUGUGGCAAUUUUGAAGUGACUAGUGAGAGGUGUAAAACAAAAAUAAAGAAAAAAGAUGUUUUGCAAAAUCUAGAAAACAAAGGAAAAGAGAGGAGGAGACAGAGAAUUAAAUUAGAGGAGCAGAGUGGAGAGAGAGAUAUUAAGGUUAUGGCGGCGUUGCAGAGCGCGAGAAAGGCCAUGAAACCCUCUCUCUGAUCUCUCUCUCUUUCUUCCCCUUCUUCUUUCUCUCUGUGUGUUUCUUAAAUACUCUCUCUUCUCUCGUACCGACAAACGAGCUUGCCUUUUUACCACACCCUUAAAAGCUGUACUCAACUUCAAUUUCAAUAACACUACAAACCCGGAGAGAAUGAACUCUCUACCUAAACCCUAGAUUUCCUCUCUCCCCUAUAGUCUCAAAGAUCUAAGCGAGAAAGUUAAAAAGAUCUAGAGCGAGAGUCUUUUUGUUUCAUUUUUUUUCUUCUAAAUAUCUGAUUGGAGAGCGGUGGUAUGGGUAGUGGUUGUGGUGGUGUUGCCGGUGAAUGGCGGGUUUUUUCUCGUUAGACGGUGGAGGAGGCAGAGGCGGAGGAGUAAACGGUCAAGAAGAACACAGGACCAACACGAAUCCUCCUCCGCCUGUAUCUGAGUCUUGGCUUUGGUACAGAAACCCUAACGUCAACGCAAACGCAAACGCAAACGCGAUCGCUCCUUCCUCUUCAAACGCUGCUGCUUUAGGCACACUUGAGCUAUGGCAAAACCACAACCAGCAAGAAAUCAUGUUCCAGCAUCAACAGCAUCAGCAAAGGUUGGAUCUAUACUCCUCCGCCGCUGGUUUAGGAGUAGGACCAAGCAGCCAUAGCCAAUUCAAUAUCUCCGGCGAAACUUCAAACGCCGGCGCCGGAGUAACGGCUGCGGCGGCACUCAUGAUGAUGCGAAGCGGCGGAGGAGGAGGAACCGGUGUGAGCUGUCAAGACUGUGGGAAUCAGGCCAAGAAAGACUGCGCUCACGUUAGGUGUCGAACUUGCUGCAAGAGCCGUGGCUUCCAGUGUCCUACUCACGUGAGGAGCACGUGGGUUCCUGCCGCCAAACGCCGUGAGAGACAACAGCAGUUAGGCACGGUUCAGCCUCAAACGCACCUGCCACGCGGUGAUAGCGGCGUACCGAAACGCCUACGGGAAAAUUUACCGGCAGCUUCUUCGUCUCUUGUCUGCACUCGCGUACCUACUCAUCACAACGCUUCAGGUUUGGAGGUUGGAGAUUUCCCAGCGGAGGUGAGCUCACCGGCAGUGUUUAGAUGUGUGCGAGUGAGCUCAGUGGAAGACGGAGAAGAAGAGUUUGCUUACCAAACAGCUGUAAGCAUCGGUGGUCACGUUUUUAAAGGCAUUCUCUACGACAACGGUCCUGGAAGUAUUGGUGGCGGUGGCUACAACGUUGGUGAGAGCUCUUCUGGUGGCGGAGGAGCUCAGCAGAUGAAUCUCAUAACAGCUGGAUCUGUGACGGUUGCAACCGCUUCUUCCUCCACUCCAAACGCUGGUGGUAUUGGCGGCUCCUCCGCGGCUUACACUGAUCCAGCCGCUCUUUAUCCAACUCCGAUCAACACUUUCAUGGCCGGUACACAAUUCUUUCCCAACCCAAGAUCAUGAUGGAAAUCUGACAUAAUGCAACGUAACUCUAUUUAAUUCUUAGAAUGAUAUUAGGGUUUUAAAACCGUUAAUUGUCUGUUUAUGCUUCUUCUGGACACUCAAAGUUGUUGCAGUUUUAGGGUUUUUAAAACGGAAAUUUAAUUCAAAUAAUAUAAUCUUCGUAUUAUAAUGAUUUCGUGAGGAUAAUGUCAUUAAAAUGAUGGGAGCACAUUAUAGCCCUUGUUGUCUGAAUCUUUGUUUCAUUAAUGUGUCUGUUUCUUGUUUGUGUCACACGUAACCUAAGAAUCCGGAGAUAAUGUUCCUUAUCUUUAUAUCAACUUUCUAUCCAGUAACCAAUAGAAAAAUCGUUAAAUAUGUGUUGUAUAUAUUAUACGUACAAUUUAGUUUCUUCAGCCAUGGUUUCAGUUACUGCGAUUAUGAUAUGGCCUGUGCCCAUCCAUGCAUUUAAUGAUAUUCAAAUUCUAUUAUUUGUUUAUUACUAGUAGUAAUUCAUAUGUGCCAUAAUUGACAUGUGAUAUAAUCAGAGAAAGUGACAAGAUGAGUAUAUAUUUGUAUGUUAGAAGAGCGACAUGUAGAGAUGUGACAUGAGGGUGCGUUCUACAAUGGACGUUGUCUAACCUAAUUAAUAAAUCAUCCGUCCUUUGCAUUAGUCAUUUGAUUAAUGAGCAUUUUUUAAGUUUAACUAGAGAUUUUUUCCGCGCGAUUGUGUCUUAUAAAUUUAUUUUAUUUAUAAUAUUAUUUGUCGGUUUUUUUAUUUUACAUUAACUUC